CAUAAUACUCCCAUGUUGUGUGUUUCGUACGGGUGAGAAAUUCAAUAUGGCACUGCCUUACACCCACAGUGGCACCUUCACCAGGAGUGCCGGCCUGUACUCGGCACUUGCCAAACAGUCCAGCCUGUUAAACCUUAAACCUGUGAAGAGGAUUACCUUCUCUUUUGACCCACUCAGUGAAAAGGCUAUAGUUGUGAGGCACACACUAAACUUUUUUCAUUUGGAGAAAGUCCGUGAAAGCAAUCUGAAGUGUCUAUUGAAGACUACUGUAUUGUCAACAAGGGCUGACCCAACUAUUGAAGUCAAACUGGUUAAUGGUAAAACACUGCUUUUUAAAGCAGUUAAUCUUCAGCCCCUUGAAAUACUCAAGAAGUUCAAUGAGCUAGUAAGCAGCCAAGCUGAAGCUGAGAGUAAGACUGAAGUUUUAACAAAGGGGAAAUUAACAAAAUCUCAAAAGAAAAAAUAGAAAACAGUUGUGAUUAGAAUUUCUUUGUAUAUUUUGAACUGUCUGUUUUACGGUCUGUUUUACUCCCGAGAAACAUUUUGUUAAGGAACAGUUACAUCUCCGAAAUCAUUGAACAGUAGUCUAUUUUUUGUGCUGAGUAAUUAAUCAUGUCGACUCAGGCACAGCGUAAAUAUGAAGCCACCCUGAGUAUUGUCAACAAGGUGUAUGACAGUGUUCCCGCCUUCACAGAUGUGUUUGAUGAAGAAUCCUGGUAUAUAUUUGCUGGCUGCUUUACAGCAGCCACCCUUAUUCUUACAGUAAUUGCAUCAAGGUUUAUUACUCUGAAGCCUGUAGACUGAGGGAAAUGGAUUAACAAAGUGAAAUAUGCCUUGAAAACUUCUCCAUAUAACUUGUCCAGUUGUUUGUUGUGUAGUGUUCGUCAAACACAUUGAAACAUUCAACACUCAUUGCUGUUGAUUAAUCACCUUUGUUUUCAUUUAGACUGAUUUAUCACUUCACUCUAGAUAGUUAUAGGUUAUAGUAAAAGGAGGGUAAGAUUUAAUAGUGACUGAUAAAUAUUCCCUCUCUAAGCCCUUGUAAACAACCCAGAUGCCUUGUGUUGAAAUUGGUUUAUAUGAGACAUCCACUUGCCAUAGACCCUCACACUGAGACAGCCCAUCAUUUACACAACAGAACUGGGACAUUGUCAUUACUGUAUAGUAAUGUUGGGGAGGCAUUGGUUGAUAUGACAUUAAAAUAACAUCUUUUUAUUACUUAUUAUAUUUUCUGAUAUCGGGUCAACGUAAUGGCAUGCAUUUUUAAUUAUCAAUUUUUUUGUCGUAGAACUUGUAGAGUGCGUCUCAUGGAUUUGGAGAUUACAUAUUGACAUGUCUGAAACGUUUCCCUUAUUAUGCUGUUAAACUCCCCAAUGCAGGGUUGCUAUUGAAGGCCUUUAGCUUUACCUGUAAAAGUAUUCUACAAAAUUGUUGGCAAAGGAAUACUGUACAGUAGGAAGGGAGUUGUAAUCAAUAAUGAAGAAAACCAGGCAAAAAAUAAAAGGCAUCAACUUCGUAUUGCCUAUAUUUCACAUCCUACUGUUUAGAUAUUGAAUACGAGUUGUUGAUUUGGUAUACAGUAAUAAGUUUCAGCUUAACCAAAGGUAGUAUACUGGAAGUAUAUGAACUUUUAAACAGCAAGAAGUGUUCCCUUAUUGAAGAGUUGUGGGUACAUUUAAAUUUAUAAUUAUGGAAUUUUUGAGGUGUCAACACAGUAGGGUGAGGAUUGUCUCCUUCCUUGUUGGGGGCUCUUGUAGCCUCCAUUCCACCUCUGUACCUGCUCACUCCGACUCCUUUUAUUAAUUUCUUUCCUCUAUUGUUUGAAACCGUGUGCCUCAUUUUGCCUGGCUGAAGCUUUUCAUCAUCAUGCAGGCAAAUUUUACAGUCAAAAUUAGGAAGAAAUGGUUAUUUAAGAGUGCAAAAUGCUGUAGUAGUGUAUUUUUCUGUAUUUGAAGAAACCAAGUUGAGUGUAGAUGUUUCAAUACUGUACAGUAUUUGUGGCCUAAGGUUUUUACCACAUUGGCAGCUACUUUAGAUAGGGAUCUAACAGUAAUUCAGUAUGUUCUCCUCACAUGGAUUCUCUCCACCAGUGUACUGUACAUUCGUCUCAAAUUAUAUUUUUAAGUACAAUACAAUACUGUACAGUAUUUGAAAUUUGGAUUCAUGCCUAAUAUUUGACUGAAUAUUGCCCAAUCUAUUCCAAGAAUUUUUUUUAUUUAACGUGUUACUGUAUCCGUCUUGCAAGUCCUUUCCGUAUCUUAUUGCUGAUCACGUUUUUGGUACAUGGUAAUGUUACCAGGUGUUAUUUACAUCUUGUCCUAGUUCUUUCAGUAACUUUUUUCUUAUGCUAGUUUUUAUUCAGCAUUUUCCCCAUUUAUCAGUUUUCUUUGUUGAAAUACUUUAAAUAUUCAUACGAUCUGUUGAACUUGAUAUUUUAACCUUCCACUGUCCCUCAACCUGUAACUUCAUAUACACCGUAAAUCCAAAGAAAGAUUUAAGAAAUAUUAGCACUAGUCAGAUUUUACAAAGGUUAUCCUAGUCACAGGAAAAUUCAGGUAACAAAUUCUAAUACAGUAACUAAGACACUUAUGAAAAACACCUUUAUUGUGGUAGAAAUGUUGCAUAUCAUACAAAUAAUUUAACAAAGCAUGUAUUUAACCUUGUUAGGGAAAAUUGAGCAAUAAAAUUUAUAUAUUUUAAGGCAAGAUUAGCACAAGGAUCAGAAUAGGAGUGUGCAUUAUCUUAAAAUUGGUCUUAACAUGAGUAAGUGAGCAAAGCAAAAAUAGGUCUAUUGUUUCUCAAAUUGAGACGUGUUCCACUUCAAUUACUAUGCAUGUUAGUUAGGUAAUGAACGUGAAAGGUUUCUCAAAACACAUUGUUAUGAAAGGAAGUACUGAACUUUCUUUACCUUGUUGACUAUCAAGACAAAAAUGUAUCAAGUCUUAGAGUUCACAGGUAUUCCUUAACAGAAUGUUUAGUGUAGUUCCCAGUCAUCACGGUUCUUUCUAGUAAAACCUUGUUAUCUUA